AUGGAAAAUAUGGAAACCAUAGCAGAAACACUUGCCGCAAUGGGUUUAGAAGAUCAUGAAAAACAUGAUCAAAGUUCCAAUAUUGGAAUGAAACAGAGAAACUGUACUAUGUUGGAAAAAUUGGAAAAAGCAGCUCCAUACAAUAUAUUCAUCAAUACGAUACCUGCAAAUCCGGAAACUUUCAAACAACCAAAUGCAAUCAGUUUCACAGAUUUGUUGUGUCCUAGUUUAGGGGAACUGAAAUCAUCACUUCAGCUAACUUUUCUCUUAGAGGUUCGUUGGUUGUUGGAACAGUUCAGAGCAAGAGGCCAAAGUUCAUUGCCGUUAACUGUUCUGUAUGAUAGAGGUAAUGUGCCUGGUGACGUAGAAGAAGAAGAAAAGUCAACAGACGACUCUCAUGAAAAGGAUGAAGACUCCGAUGAUGACCUCGAGGUGCCUGAUAAUGUUAUUUUCAGAUCAGUUCCAAUGCGGGACGAUUAUGGACUGCAUCAUUCGAAAAUUGGAAUCUAUGUGUACAAGGAUGACUCAUUGAGAGUUUCCGUUUCUUCGGUUAAUCUAUAUAAUGAAGAUUGGAACUGUUACAAUCAAGGAAUCUGGUUGAGCCCUCUUUGUCCCAAGUUACCUGAUUCUAGUGUGAAUACAGACGGGGAGUCUAGGACUGGUUUCAAAAAGGAUCUGCUUCACUAUCUUCAUUCAUACAAGGAAAUGGCAUUGAAACCAUAUAUCAAAUAUAUCGAAAGAGCAGAUUUCAGUGCUGUGAGGGUUUUUUUGGUUUAUUCAAUCCCUGGUAGCCACAAGUCAUCUGCGCCUGGCAGCCAUCUUCAGAAAGUGACAGACAUUCUGUCGAAACACUUCGUCCGACCGAGAGGACCCUGGAGCAUCAUCGUACAAACCUCCUCUCUCGGAUGGAUGGGCGAACAAAUAGCUACUGAGUGGUUGAGGAGGGCCUUUCUGGGAUGCAUGGCCAGCCAUACCAAAAGCCGGAUGCCAGCGAGCGCUACUGUCGGCUUCAGUGUGGUGUAUCCAACAGUUGAUAAUGUUCUAUCUGGUUAUUUUGGAAAGGCGGGUGGAGGAUGUCUGGGAUAUGAAAAAGAUUUACACGAAAAUCAGAAAUGGUUCCAAAAAUACAUGUAUCAAUGGAAAGCUGAAGAGUUGGGGAGAACUAGAGCGAUGCCACACACGAAGAACUACUGCCUGAUAUCGCACUGCGAAAAUAAACUGGCCUACUUUCUUCUAACGAGUGCUAAUAUGUCAAGAUCCGCCUGGGGAACUCUUCAUAGAUCUGGAGACCUAUCGGUGUACGUGCGGUCGUAUGAAGCGGGCAUAAUGUUCUUGCCCGAAUUCUUCGAUGAAGAGGUUUUUGAGAUAAAAGACACUGCUGAGAGGAAGAACCAGAAGCUGUUUCCUUUCAUGUUCGAUUUGCCUCUAACGCCCUACUCUCAGGAUGACCAACCUCAUACGAAGUCAUCAGAGUGA